CGAGCUGGAGCUGCGCGGGCCGACGAAGCGCGUAAGACGCGCGUACGUCCGCGGCCCCCGCGUACGCGCUGCGGCCUAGCAGGCCCUGGCCGAAGCGGCGCUUUCGGCCUGGGAGGCGACGCCGGGGACAGAGGCGCCGCUCUAGGCGGGCAGUUCAGGAGAGGCCGUGGCUUGCGGGCGGGCUAGGCCGCGCGGUGCUGGGUUUGCCCGGAUGGGCCGCGAGGGCGGCGCUUCGCCGUGUGCGCUCCGAGACGUUGAACGUGGCGCUCGCACAUCUGGUCUAGGCGUGCGCUGCUCGGGCAAGCGUGCGGUGGUGACUACGUAUUGGCAUUUGUGGUCUCCGGGAGAGAGGUGUUGGAUUGGCCGGAAGCCCCAUCAAAAACAUUAUUUUUUGCUGAAUAAGACUGGGCACCUGGUGAAGACACUGAGAACAGAAAGCCACCAUGUCGGAGGGGAUGAUAAGCCAAGCUGCCACCACGGAGAUCCCCAUCUCCAGCAACGGAGAACCCCGUCAACCACCCGAGGAUGAUCGCUUCGAGCAGGGUGCAGCGCACAUCACAGAACGAGGCGACGAUGGCGAGACACAAAAGUCAUGGCUCGGCACCGAUAAGACUGUUAGUGUCCUGGAGUAUGAUUGUCAAUACGACCUGCGGCAGAUGAUGGCGUCCGGGCCGAAUCUGAACGAGACGAGCGUCGUGUCGGGAGGCUACGGGGGCAGCCUGGAGGGGGUGCUGCAGACGGGCGGCGUGAAAGGCACCGCACUCAACACUCCUGCGGUUAAAGGAGCAACCGUGGUUAUCCCCAGCCAAUCGGCAGCAAGUAGGCUGGCCAAUCAAAUGGCUGAAGGCAGCUUGCCACAGCCCUCGGGUAAAGGCGCCCCGGGCCUCCGCACUUCCCCGAGCAGUAGCUCCAUGUCCAUGGAGGAGCCGGCCAAGGGCGUGGCCUUGGAGAAGCUGGACAUUGUGCGCAAGUGGAGCGUCAACACGUACAAGUGCACCAAGCAAGUGCUGUCGGAGCGAUUUGGGCGCGGCUCGCGCACCGUCGACCUGCAGCUGGAGGCUCAGAUCGAGGUGCUGCGGGACACCAAGCGCAAGUACGAGAGCGUCCUGCGGCUGGCACGUGAGCUCACGCGCCACUUCUACCAAGUGGUGCAGACGCAGCGCUCGCUCGGCGACGCUUUCGCCGACCUCGGCCAGAAGUCGCCGGAGCUGCAGGAGGAGUUUGGGUACAACGCGGAAACGCAGCGGCUGCUGUGUAAAAACGGCGAGACACUUCUGGGAGCCGUAAACUUCUUUGUGUCGAGUGUGAACACUCUGGUCAACAAGACGAUGGAGGACACCCUGUUGACUAUUAAGAUGUACGAGAACGCCAGAGUGGAGUACGACGCUUACCGGACGGACCUGGAGGAGCUGAGCUUGGGCCCCCGCGACUCGGCCGUUGUCGUCAAGAUCGACGCGGCGCAGCAGCAUUUCUCGGCGCACAAGGAGAAGUAUGAGCGCCUGCGCGGCGACGUCGCCAUCAAGCUCAAGUUCCUCGAGGAGAACAAGGUCAAAGUGAUGCACAAGCAGCUCCUGCUGUUCCACAACGCCAUCUCGGCGUACUUUGCGGGGAACCAGCAGCAGCUGGAGCAGACGCUGAAACAGUUCAACAUUCAGCUGAAGACCCCUGGCUCGGACAAGCCGUCUUGGCUGGAGGAGCAGUGAACGCGAGACUCCGCGGUCCUGCGACGCACUCACAAAGACAAAGACACACACGCUCUCUCCUAGACACACGACAAUCACGCACAUAAACAUGCCCCCACGCUAACGUUUUUCGUGCACAGGUACAUAGAUUGAAACGUCCACAUCUGCGCUUAACAGCUCCAACCCCCGCCGGGUCAGACAUUGCCUUUCUGAUGGGAAAGGCAUUGAGCGCGAAGUCACAUGCACCUCUGUGCACGCACUUGGAGUUUCACGCGUGCCUACACCUCCGUGCACGCACACAUGGCCAUGCAAAUCGCAGACAGAACCCGCGUAAGCAUUUUUCUGACCCGUGUACGAGUGUUAAGGAUAGAGUAAAAAAUGGUAAAUGCAAAUGAACACGUAAAACACACACACAAGGGAAAAUGCAAUGUCUCUGUACUUGGCUAGAUGGCAAUAAUAAAGGAAUCUUUACGUCCGUUUAAAGCAGCCGGUGUUGCUUCACGACUGUUAGGGUCUACAGAGUCGACACGAAAAAGAGGGAAUCUGCGUUUCCGUGCUCUUGCAGGCCACACGUCUCUGGUAGCCGUGGCACGAACGUGGAGACGGUGACCCCCUGUAGCACUGCAGUGUAAACAAUUUCCGAAGCCCACUCGGUACGACCCAGACAGUUUUAUUUUCACUUUCAUAUUGACCAUGGCGCCGAUGCAUACCAAAUUUGUACUUAAAAUUAGUUACGGGCGAUGGUUUUGACACUCCGUCUCUGAUUGUUUUCUGGUUUGUGCAGUAAAAGUGCAUCUAUGAUGGUAAUUAUUUUACUCUGGAUAAAAAAAAAACAGAACAUAGAAAAGUAUAUUUAUUGAAUGACUGAUGGGCCGAGUACCAUGAAGUUGAUGACUUGCCCCGUUGACCGUGGAGUUGGCUGUUGUCACAAGGUGGGGACAGCCCUGGCCUGCUCGUAGUCACAACGAGCCUGCCGCUCACACUGGUCGGUGCGAAAAGGUUGCGUGCAGCCACUCGUGACACAAAUGAUCACAUUUAAUCUUAGCAUUUUUGCAGAUACAUUUAAUUCAAAUUCAUAUUCCGACUGAUGCGCCUUUUGUGAAAGGUGUUCGACUUCAGAAGGCAUUCCUGAUUGUGUGUGCUUUAGCUUUUGUGGUUAUCUUGGCGCUAUAUAAACAACUCUGUGUGUUUAUUUGCAAAGACGAUUGUACGUGUUAAGAACUCAACCAUGUAAAUGAAUGAAAUUGGUCCAUAUUCCAUGAGUCAAAAAACUUGAUCAAAUAAGGAAAAAAACUAUGCUUGUGGCAAUAAUUGCUUUGGCUAAGUGGAGUAAUUUUGGUGUAAAUUGGGAGUGGUAACCAGGUGGUGGGUUUGGUGAUACAUGUAAUAUUGGGUUUUGGGUGUUAACUGCUCUGGGCAUGAGUGUGAUGUGUGUUGUACAUUCGAAAUGCGUGGGCAUCUGUUGGCCUCUUGUGUUCCACUGCUGGUCAAUGAAAAGGAAGUCCAUUCCAAGUCCAGUGCUUUUUGUUCAUAGGGGAUUACCACUGGUUUUGAUUCCGGCAGUCCAUUUCACCUUUGUAGCUACGUAUAGUAUGCAGUAAUGAAAUUUUAUUUUUUUUGUUUAAGAUUUGCAACUAAAGUUUAAAGGAAUAUGCAACCUCAAAAUAUAUUUCUUGUAGUACUUAGCCUGUGUGUCCCAAGCUGGGCAACAUAAGUUUGAAACUUUGUCAAUGGUUAGAGACCCCAAAGUUAUAGUUGGGUGCAUCAUUAUGGCACUUCAGUGACAUCACUGUGACAUCACACUCAUACGUUUUAGUACCACAUCAGUGGAGUGACGUCACUUUAUUACGAUGGUGGCACAUUUAUCUAUAAUUGGAACUCUUUGUUUUCUCAAGGUUUCAAACUUUGUGUCGGGCAGAUGCAUCUUAGGCGUGUACCUAAGACAAUAGGUAUGUGUUUUGGGUUGCAUAUUCGAUGAACAUGAAUGCCCCUUGUAUGCAUUUCUCAACAUGGAAACGGUUUAAGUCAUGCUGUGCUGUAAGAACUGGAAUCGGUUCUUGCUCUACAUCGUGUUUUUUUCAGGCACUUUGUUCUCAAUAUUGUAGGGCCGAGCGAGAUCACCGAUCGCUCUCUGCUCUGCCACAUAUCAGCCAUUGUCCAGACCGGUAUUCUUCACUAAUUUUCGGAGGGGGGCCACUUUCGCCGAUAAGACAACAUGAGUGUGAGGGCCGCCUCGCCGCCUGCAAAGGGGUGUUUUCACAUUUGUGUUUUGUUGGGGGCCGCACCUAAGGCCACCUUGCAAUGAAGAACACUGGUCCAGACCCAAUGUUAGGCAGGAGCAGCAGUUGCCAGUCGCCCUGCGGUGUAUGUAUGUCGAAGUUCUUUCGCACUGUACGUAGCCAACCGUGCUAUUCGGAGGUGCUUCAUGCGGAGCAUUGCAUAUUAUAUUACAUAUUGCGUCUCGGUGUGUUACGCCUUAGGACAGUGAUGUGCAAGGCCACGUGAUUGCGGUGAUUUGUGUUUUGGUCACUGGCUAACAUUGAGGCUUACCGACUCAUCCCUGAAAAUUUGGCCAUAAAUGAUGUUUCAACGCCGUGGGCAAAAAACGUGGGGCUAAGUGCUACUAUCCAUCGCUUGUUUUUUUUAUUGUACACUAGAAAUGGUACAUUUUAAAUAGGCUCAUUCCACAAACAUUUUGGCCCACAUUUUGCACGUGUUGAUUACUGCCAGAAUUAUAUUUUUUUUCAUUCCCGUGUGUAUUCAAGGUGGAUGUUUUUUUAGCUUGAGUAUACUAUGAGAGCACGUGCUGGGAAAAAGCAAACAUCUUAAGUUCUUGAAUUCUCAGAAAGGAACGGGAUUGCAUUGCUCUGUUCAGUUACUCACAGUUGCAUUCAUUUCCAGCAAACCACCCAAGGAGAAACGUCAACUCCAGACUUUGAUUUCGAGUGACCUCUUUUUCUGCCAAGCUUAUGCUUGUCGGGCUUUGAGCAGACUGCUUUCCCCAAAUGCUUUAUUGACAAUAUAACUGUAUUUGGCAUUAGUCUGUGUUGGGUACCUUGGUUCAUUAACCACACGGGGCCUGUCCUCUUGCUGCCCAUGCGUUGAGCAUGGAGUAGUUGUCUUUUUUGUGAUGAGUGAACAGGGACCUACUGCACCCGUGGGUUUGAUUCACUUGCUGUGUUGGUCAUGGGCUGGGACUGUUCAGUGAAAAUCUACACAACUGCUAAACGGCACUAAAUGCGUCUCCCUCCCACUUUCAUAGAGGUCUAAAUAAACUCUAUCUUUCCAUUGAAAUAAAGCGACCUCUAGCAUUGCAUUUUUUAUUGCACUAAACACGGAUCCUAUCUGUGACUUGCAGAGUAGUGUUUUUAAUAUAAAAUGUAAUAUUGUGGAUGCUGUGGGGAUCUAAUAGAUGCAUGUGCAGUGUGUGACCAUGGACAUGUCGAUGGGACUAUAUCUUAAGGGUUCUGUAGAAUUUCACCGGCUCGAGGUUCCCAUAACAAACAAAACAUUUGAAAACCACCUUUACCGCAGAGCAUUUAAUUGACAAGCGUGGAAGAGUUGACCAAAUGCCCUCGAGCGGGCGUGGUUUAGAGCUCGCAAUUGGAGGCCCUUCUGCCAGCAGUGGCGUGGUCAAGAAAUUGUGGGGCCUGCACCUUUACCUAUUUGUAUUCACAAUGCAUUCUGUACGGCUCAAUGCGGCUGCUGGUGCUGCUGCCAGCCAUAGUUUAAAUAAAACAAACAAAAACAACCUCUUGCCGGUUUCUCUAGGUGCUGUAAUUCACCCAGAAGUUCGCAAACGUAGCAGUUGUCAAGUCCGAACAUUUAGUGUGUCCCCUCCCGCACUUGCACGGACGCACCUUCCUUGCGUGCGCCGUGGUGGUGACUUCUCGACCAGCGCGUCUGUGACAAUGACGGUCGCCCCCUCAUUAUGUAUAGUGUGCAAUGCGGUCGCUACGCGUGCUCUGUAAAUGCGCUCGGUUGAGCCUUCAAUUCGAUUUUAUCCUCUGUUCAUUUUCCUGGGUUUAAUUAUUUUUUAUAUAUAUUAUAGACAGGUAUAUAUAUAUAAAUAUCUAUAUAAAGCUGUAAUGUGUAUUGUGAUAAGAGCAGGGCUUAAUUUUUUCAUGGAAUAUUUUCCGGGGUCCGGAAAUAUUUUCUGGAGCUCAGCCCUGGACAGCUCCGGUUAAAAUUAAGCCCUGAUAUGGAGGACUCUCGACAUUGGUGAUGUCGGAACCCCCCCCACACCACGUGUGUGUAUGUGCGGCCGUGUGAGUCGAACGCUGAUGUCUCAUCAUUAACCUUAACCCUCAUAAGAUUUCCCGGUACCGACAUCCAUAUACGCACACGAACUAUAACACACCGUUUUUUCUGUUUGUGGGGGGUUUUUUUCCUGUUCGAAUUAACGAUACGGUAUAUUAAGAAACGGAAGGAUACCGCAAUAGAUCCAAAUGUAGGCACAUCGAUGUAAGUAACAUGCUAUACACAUACGUCCGAGCAGCUGGGACCCCAUUCAACAAUGGGACGUCUGCAUGGCUUAGAAUAAGUAUGGAUAAUCUGGAGUGGGGGAAUGAAUCAAAUGCGUUUCUGUAACAUUGCGCCGGGCAUCGUGGAGUCGCGUACACCUUCGCUAUCCGAGCGGCUGAUUGUAACAUCUUCGAAUCGCAUUUGGUGUCUCAAUAGAUGCCGUGGUCGAGACAGUUCGUCUGGCGUUUGAUUUCCCGGUUGAGAACGAAGAGCGUUUAAUGAAAUUGAUAAUUGUUAAUAUAAUGAUGAUUAUCAUGAUGAUAAUUCCGUUAUUCGCGUUUUUGGAGUACGGUGUGUAUGGGGAUUUUUUUGUUAGAAUAUAGAGAAAUGUUACACUGAUCCGUCUGUAUUGUAAGAAUAAUGAAAAGAAAGAUUAAAAUAAAACCUCUAUAGGUUUUCUUGGUGUCUGCUGCUUUGCAGCUUACAAGUCGGCGACUCGACAGAUCUGUUAUUUACGGAGCGGAUGAGAGAGGGCAUGUGUGUGUGUGGUCCGAACGGACACCGUGAGUACGCUUCAUUGAUGAGCGCCUCCAUGUGUAAAUACUACACGUGCCCGCGGAUGGGUGUGUGGGAAAUGGGGUGGGGGGCGGUUUACGUGGUGCUUGUGAUUGGAGGAGUGCGGCUGCUUUCCGUAAUUUCUUGUAACGAUUCUUAAAACGUGUGUGAAUAAAAACAAGUGAAAAUCG